AUGUCAAAAUAUAGACAUCAAUCCGGUCCUCGUGCUCCGUCAAAAGAACAGAAAGACCUGGAGGAGGUCUACCGAAAAAUCCAUUCGAGGAAGAUGUACUUCGAGCUUGGGAUUGUGGAAUGGGACUUCUUUACACCAGAUAUCGUAGGAGAGUUGACUCGUCUCAAAUAUCUGAUCCAAUUUUGGGCAUGGAACUGGUUUUCUGAGGACUUAUCCUCCCUUUCCAAGACCCAGAAGCGCUCUAUCAUCGGAGCCCUCCAGCAUUGUUGCCUUCUGGAGGAUUGGGAUGACCUUGUCGGCCGUUUCUCGUCCAUACAUCGUCAUGUGACGGCGGUGGUUUUCAUCGAAGCACUGCUUUGGACAGACAUCGUCAACAAAAUAUACGACAAACCGUUUUGGUAUUUCGACGGGAAGAUGGGCCCGGACGACAAGGAAGGAGACCCGCAAAUGGUUGCGCGACUGCAGCAUUUGUAUGAAAGAUAUCUGGAAAGUACGUGCUCGAUUUGGUUCCCGAAAAUAUUGACUAUCUUAAUGACCACUGCUACAGCAAAUCCCCUCAGCGCUUCAACUUGGCGGUCCGAGACAAUCCGUCUGGCCAAUUCCACCGAUAUCCAUCAAGCACGCUCCCAAAAAUUCGGCGAAUAUCACAGGCAGCGCCGCAAGGAUGUUCUGAUCCCACUAAUGGAAGAUGGGCACAUUGCAACCGAGUUAAUCUCAUUGUUGCUGAAGCCAUUGUCUCAGGAGAAAGAGAAGCAGGCCCGCCGACAAGAGCUGAUCAAAGUUUAUCAAAUGGCAGCUGAAGGUUCGGUGAAAAUUCACGCUGCUCGUGGGCAUUUAAAGUACAACUGGCUCGAUAGUGUCGAUAAAACCUUUGCAUGGGAAUCAAAAACGCUGAAGGCUCACACGUUGUACCCAGAGGAUGAUGAUGACUUGCAAUUGCAAGGGUGUCCUGUUCUAUUGAUUACUACCCCCGUCAUCAGCCAGGCCUGGGUCGACGGUUUUUUUCCUCAAGAAGGAUUCUCCGAGAUCAUGAAAGCUACCGCCGUGGUGGCGGAAAACGAGGGCCCCGGUCCAGAUGAGCUGGAGGAGCCCAUCGAUGCGAUGGUUAAGGAUGAGUUGGAGGACCCAGACUGGCGUGAAUAA